AUGGAUCAGGAGGUCAACGAAGCGACAGCUCAGUUGAAGGGUUUGUUGGGCAUUGGCGCCGGUGAAAAGGCUGUGGCUGCCCCAAAGCAGCAACAACCGGCGGAUCAGAGUGGUACUGCGGCGCAUGGUGGGAAACCACCCAAGAACAAAAGGAAUCGCAAGAAGCAGAACAAUAAGCAAAGAGGAGGAGAUGGAGAAAAAGAAGGAAAUCAGACUCUCGCACAGAAUCCAAAACAGCAGCAGCAACAAAACCUUAGCCAGUCACAGGGCCGAUCAUCAAAGGAUGGAAACAGAAAGGAUGGAAAUAAAGCAGAUGGCGCGAAGGCUGACGGAGGUGGAAAUAAAAAGGGAAAGAACAAUAAAAAGAACAGCAAGAAGAAUUCCAAAGGAAAUGACAACAAAAAUGAGGCUCACCAAAAUCAGGGAAAUGAGCCAGACGGAGCAAAUAACUUUGCUUGGUCAGCAUUCCAAUCUUCUCCUGAUGCCAGUAAGUUGCCCAUCCCAGCGUUCACUUCUCCACUGAUUGUGAAAGAUGAAGUGGCCGUCAGCGAUGCUGCAGCAGAGAAGCAUGCCGAGGAAACCCUGGCAGCGCUGUUGCCUGUUCCAUCCACUGGUAGUAACAACCCCACAAGUCCCAACAAUGCUGCUGCUGGUAACACGGAUACCUCCAAUGCUCCUGUAGAAAAAAACGAGGACGGAAAAGAAUCUGAACCAAUGCCACCUCCAAGCAAAACAGGAAUAAAUUUGGCAGCUCUUACUUCCGGUGGAGCAAAGACUGCUGGUGCUCCGGGACCCAAUCCGACACCCACUCUGCAGCAGCAACAACAACAACCACAAAAUAUGCCCGUCUCUCGGGGGCCUCAACCGCAUAUGCAGCCUCACAUGAACUAUCAAUAUCACCAUGGCCACAACCCUUAUCAUCACAUGAGCAUGCCAUACCACCAGCCUCCUCCCGGAUACAUGACAAUCCAGGUGCAGGUUCCACCUGUAUUGAUGCCCAAUCGACAAAUGGUAGUAUCUUCUCCUUCUGGAUAUCCUGUCCAAGUGGUUGUCCCGGAGGGAAUUCCUCCUGGCAUGGUGAUUCCUGUACAUGUGCCAGCUGCUGCGCCCCCUUUACAUAUGAUGUCACCAGAACAGCAGCGAAGACAGCAACAACAAGCUUACCAGCAACAGCAGCGAACACAGCAACAGGGAUACUAUCACCACCAACCGGGACGUUGA